AUGGCAAAAGAAUCUUGUCUGAUAUUCAAGAAAAACAAGAACCUGGACAGAUCGAAGUCAAGAUCGUCGACUAGUGAAGAAUCUCUUUCUAGCGCUGUCGCUAUACUGAGAGAAAGUCUUCCAUUUGAAUACAUAGCAUGUGGGAACCAAAUGAGAAGCAAUAUUGAAUAUGAACUUCAAGUAGCCGAAAAACAGAGAGAAAUUGGAUAUAAACCAGUACAUGAUUCAGCAUCAUUUAAAAUCCCUGAAGAACAUCGAGAGAAAAUAGACGAAUGGUUAAAAAUAGAUUUUCAAAUGCGCAUUGAUGAACAUAUUACUCGAUCAAGAUGUUUAUUCUUGGUUGGACCAACUCAGCACGGCAAAAGAUCAUGGGCACGCAGCCUAGGAAAGCAUAUUAGCUUUGUCAUUAACUUCUCUCUUCGAGCAUGGCGUGAUGAUGUCAAAUACAUCAUACUUGAUGAUAUACCUUGGACAGAUAUUAGUCCAAUUGCGAAAGGUCUUCUCGUUGCUCCUGGCAACGUAAAUCUAACAGAUAAAUAUAUGUCUAAAAUGAACGUCAAGAACAAUAAACCAUGUAUUGUUUGCAUCAAUGACGAUGAAGGAGAGAGAAUACUACACUCUGAUACAGGUGAUUAUUGGAAAGAAAAUGGUGUUUGGAUUCCUCUAAGAAGAGGACAGAAAAUGUUUUGA